AUGUGUUCCCCUCCAGCUCCCUCUCACUCCGGGUAGACUCACAACCGCAGACAUGGCUCCGUGAAGCGACACAUGGCAGCUAGCAGCCAUGAGCCCCAAAACAACUCACGAUGCCUAAAUAGCAGCCUUAUUACGUUAAUUCCUAAAUUAUUCAACUCCUGCAAUAACCACAGCUACAAACCGGUGUUCAGUCACAGUCAAUGGGAGAGGCGCACUGCAACCCCUUUCGGUUAAAUAUCCUCUGAUAUUUUGCUUUUUUAAACACUCACUUCGUCUUUUCUAACAGACGCGCAACAUGGGUGUUCAAGGUUUCCAAGAGUAUAUUGAAAAGCACUGCCCCAGCGCGGUGGUGCCGGUGGAGCUCCAGAAGCUGGCCCGGGGUAGUAUGGUUGGGGGCGGCCGGCAAAGAUCCCCUCAGAGUCCGUUGAGACUGCUGGUGGACGCCGAGAACUGCCUCCACCGGCUCUACGGAGGCUUCUACACCGACUGGGUCAGCGGGGGCCAGUGGAACCACAUGCUGGGCUACCUGGCCGCACUCUCUAAGGCCUGCUUCAACGGCAACAUUGAGCUACUAGUGUGUUUCAAUGGCGCCCUGGAGAAAGGCCGUCUUCACGAGUGGGUCAAGCGACAGGUAAACGAGAGGCAGACCGCCCAGCAGAUCAUCAGCCACGUCCAAAACAAGGGCACCCCGCCGCCUAAAGUGUGGUUCCUCCCUCCCGUGUGCAUGGCCCACUGCAUCCGACUGGCGCUCCUCAGGUUCCGCGUCGGGGUUGUUCAGAGCAUCGAGGACCACCACCUGGAAGUGAUAGCCUUAUGCAGGGAGACCGGUUUCCAUGGCCUGGUGGCCUAUGAUUCAGACUACGCUCUGUGCAACAUCCCAUACUACUUCAGCGCCCACGCCCUCAAACUGAGCCGCAACGGCAAAAGCCUCACCACCAGCCAGUACCUGAUGCACGAAGUGGCACGGCAGCUUGAUCUCAACCCAAAUCGUUUUGUCAUUUUUGCAUCACUGUUAGGAAAUCACAUACUGCCUGAUGAAGACUUGGCUGCCUUUCACUGGAGCUUACUUGGUCCAGAGCACCCAUUAGCAUCUUUGAAGGUGCGUGCCCACCAACUUGUGCUCCCACCCUGCGAUGUUGUAAUCAAGGCUGUGGCUGACUAUGUCCGCAACAUCCCAGACAUCACAGACUUGGAGGCCAUUGCUAAGGACAUCUUCAAGCAUUCACAGUCGUGCACUGAUGACAAAGUCAUCCGCUUCAAGAAGGCAGUGGAGUACUACUCAGCGGCCAGCACACCCCCUCUAUUCCCUCCACAGUUAGUCAGACCAAAACACUUGGGAGUGCCUGCAGCAGUGCCAUCUCCAAAAGUGCUCAACAUUCCACAGGGGCCACUGCCUGUAAAACCUGGGAUCCAGCACCCGUACCCAGAGCCUCUGGUGGAGUGCAGCCUGGCCCUGGACUCGGUGGAGAAAGACCUCCCGGAGCAAAACAGCUUCAGCAACAUUCCUCAUGAAGGGAAGCACACACCGCUGUAUGAGAGGUCCUCUCCCAUCAACCUUGGCCAGGCCGGCAGCCCCAUCAACACAGAGGCUGCUUUCUUUAACGCUUCCUCCACAUCCUCCUCCUCCUCCUCGGAGAAUGAAGAGAGCUCGGGCACAACUGCCAAUCAUGUUAGUGACCAUAAGGGAGGAUGGGAGAAAAACGGACAUACUCCACAUUCUGAAAACACACCAGAGGGAGACCUGGGGGACCAAACUAAAGCUGACCUCUGUGUUACCCCUACUGCGAGCCCGGGGUCACAGGCCAUAUGUCUCCACAGCUUGAAUGCCCAGAUCCCCUCCCUGCUCUCCAUGCCCACCAGGAACCACAUGGACAUCACCAUCCCACCUCUCCCUGCUGUGGCCCCUGAGGUCCUACGGGUGGCUGAGCACAGACACAAGAAGGGCCUUAUGUAUCCCUACAUCUACCAUACUCUCACCAAGGGAGAGAUUAAGCUAUCGGUCACCAUUGAAGAUGAAGCUAACAAAGACCUGCCCUCAGCAGUGCAGCUGUUUCGGCCUAUCCGUCAGUAUGUUUACGGAGUGCUCUUCAGCCUGGCCGAUGCCAGGAAGAAGGCUGAGAGAUUCACCACGAGGAAGAACUGCCUCCUUGAAUAUACACAUGUCAUGGUCAAAGAGUGGGCCGCCUACAAAGGCAAGUCUCCCCACACUCCAGAGCUGGUGGAGGCUCUGCCCUUUAGGGAGUGGACCUGUCCCAACCUGAAGAAGCUGUGGUUGGGGAAGGCUGUGGAGGACAAGAACCGCAGGAUGAGAGCAUUCCUGGCCUGCAUGCGCUCCGACACUCCAGCUAUGCUGAACCCUGCCAACGUCCCCACUCCCCUCUUGGUGCUCUGUUGUGUGCUACGGUUUAUGUUACAUUGGCCAGGAGUAAGAAUUUUGCGUCGUAACGAACUUGACGCUUUCCUAGCCCAAGCACUUUCUCCUAAACUUUAUGAGCCUGACCAGCUGCAGGAACUGAAGAUCAACAACCUGGACCCUCGAGGAGUCCAGCUGGCCGCUCUGUUCAUGAGCGGAGUGGACAUGGCUCUAUUUGCCAAUGACGCAUGUGGACAGCCUAUUCCCUGGGAGCACUGCUGUCCCUGGAUGUACUUUGAUGGCAAGCUGCUUCAGAGUAAACUCAUCAGAGUCAACAGGGAGAAGGCCCAGCUCAUUGACCUCUGUGAUGGUCAGGCUGAGCUGGUUGCCAAGGUGGAGAAGAUGCGUCAGAGCAUCCUGGAAGGUCUCAACUUUACUCGGCCGCCUCAUCCUCCUCCAUUCCCACCUCCGCCACUUCCACCUCCUCACAGGAUGCCUUUCUACCCCCCCACUGGCUCCUUCUACCCCCCACCCCCAAUGAUGCCUCCUCAGGGGAGAGGCAGAGGGAUGCCUGGAAUCUCGUCGCAGGGUGGGAAGCUGGAGAUAGCUGGCACUGUGGUGGGUCAGUGGGAUGGAGCCAGACGCAGCCGAGGAAGAGGAGGCUUCCCUGUCCAGGUGGUGUCUGUUGGUGGACCAAAUAGAGGUCGUCCCAGAGGUGUGAUUUCCACGCCCGUCUUCAGGACGUUUGGUCGAGGAGGCAGGUACCACACUCGGACCUUCAAGAGUCAGGGAGCAUACCUGGGUAAGCCUGCUCAUAAGCCUGCUCAUACAUCUGGACAUGAUGCAGUUAAGGAGAGAAAGAAGCCCAAGCCAGAGGAGAGGAAAUCCUCUCCUGCACCUUGUGACGGCUCCACCACAGAGAACGGUGUGGAGGACAAAGAGCCAGGCCAGCUGAACGGAGAUAAAGAGGAAUGCAGGGCUCUCAUCCAACCUGAAAGUGCCUUUAGCAGUGACUCCAAGACGUGCAAUUCUAAUCCUCACUUAAAUGCACUAAAUGUAGACAGCGGCUGCCACAGAGAUGAAGGCCUGGAGGCCGCCGUCUUAAAAAAAGAAGAGUAAGCCUAUUUUUCUAGAGAGGGUGAAGGAUGAAAGAUGGAACAGGGUUAGGAUAUCUGGAAAUUUGGAAAGCGUAUAGUCAAUGUACAUUUUUCUUCUCAGACAAAGAAAAGAGAUGAAAUUCGGAUCCCUCUCAGUAAACGCGAGAUAUGACACACUGCUGGUUUAAGGAGUUGUUCACUCGCUCAUCACCAAGAUUUCUACAUGUUUAUGAGAAUGAUACUUUUCCUUUUCGUUAGUAAAUUGAAGCUUCAAUAAGCUUUAAUUUUGGUUAUUAAUAUUUUGGUUCUUCUAGGUUAAUACUCUUCUAGUACUCGGCGCCAUGUGUUUGCCACAAUACGGUUAUCAAUUUUGUGUUGUCACUGUAUAACCGCUUAAUGAAAACAAAACGUAUAAAGAAAAAGCAAAAUGCAACACUUGGUCCCCACUUUGGGUUUGGUUCAUGUUUAAGCAGCCAGUUAGUUCAGAUGAGCUCCAUGUCAUUUCAGUCAUUUAGCUGUAAGUAACAUUUCAAGAAAUGGCUCUAAAAAUUUAGACGCAAAAGAUCUCGUCAAACUCUGAUACUCAACUUGGUUUCUUGAAUUAAAUGUAGAGCUGUAGCAUUACCGCUUCAACAAAAACCUGCAUGGUUUAAGAGGUGUGUAGUUAUUAUGCAUGUUGUCCUCCUCCAUCUUUACAGGUACUGUGACCAUUUGGAAAUUAAAGAAAUGGCUAAUGUCAGUGAUAGCCUAUAAAAGAUGUUAACUGUUAGUAACAGAUUUGUUCUGACCUUGAUUAUGUUUUUUUUGUUUUUUUAAUAUUGAACUCUGUUGCAUUUAAUUAAAACAAGAAGUUAUAUAGCCACUUUGAAAUAGUGUAGUCACACUAUGUUGUUAUUGGUUGUUUUCUGCAUUAGAAAAGCUUUAAUCAAAAUUGUCGCCCCUUUCGCAGCAACGUGCUCGACCUUCCACUUAAGACUUUAGCCGUCAGCCAGUAAUCCAUUUUGAUAUUUACUUUAGUGUUGUUUUUACUCAUACUACUUCAACGCCAGAAUCAUCAUUUAAAAUUUUGACUUAAUUCUCCUGAAUUCUCCCUCUCAUCUUUCAUUAGUGAUCAGAGAAACGGUGUAUUCCCCCAGUCGCCCCCGCAAGAGCUAAAUCGGUUACCUUCUAUGUAAGUUGAUCAGAGUUUCUUCCUAACUCAUGGAUUGUAAAAGAAUGAACUGCUGUUGGGUUUGAUUGAAUGUUGAUGGAUUGUGGUGUGGUGUAUUUGAAGGCAACUUAGCUACAAUGCUUAAUAAAACUAUAUUCUUUUAAGUACAAA